AUGUCCAACACGUCCACUCUUUACACCUAUGAACUCAGUGACUUGACUGCAUGGGAUGUUGCAAAUGUCUUAGAGUUUGCUACUUCUCGAAUCGCCAGCAUCUGGCUCUUCUGUCACCAGAACCACAUACCUCGGACACUGGCAUACAAAUCCAGCUUCAUCCGGCACCUUCAAUGGGAGGUAGAUGUGAGCGUCUCAUCGCGUUUUGUGUUCCCAUACAUACAUGUAUCGUUGGUUCUUAACAUUCAUCCAACCAUGCCCGACCUCCUCCAGGCCAUGAUCGGCCGAUUCUCCCGAUUCCAGACUGGGAUCAUCACUGCCGAGCAGCUGCAUGAUGAAUUUUUUCUGCACUGUUCUCCGAACGGCCCUCAAGUGAGCUCCAAUCACCGUGUGGUUCCAAACUACCGCUAUGAUUGGUGGAAGGAUCGCUUCGACCGGUUGGGGUUGGACCUGCCGGUCUUGAAUGUGCAUGAGGUCAUGGAGAUGACUCAAGACCACUUUGAACAACUGCUGAUGGGCGCCAUGCUCGUGCCAGGUCCGGCUGUGACCGGUCAGGUGGAUGGCGGUGCCCUCUUCAAUCAAAUCGUGGUGGUCAGAACCCACCUCCAACAUCUCGGCGAGGCAAUGUCUCCUUUGCUGGAGCAGAAGCACCAGAUCGCGGCUGCAGCCGCAUACACCAUGUCGCAACUUGAGGCACCGAUCGCUGAACUUCAACAACAGCUCCUGAAUUCCCGUCAGCAAUUUGCUGGAAAGCCCUGA